UUCAACCUUUUUCAAAGUUCGUAUCAUGAGUGUCAUGGAACCAAAGAAGACAGAGAUCGUCUUGAAAAAUCAUUUAAAAAGACAUGCAUUAUUGUCCGAUGAAUCACAGGCCUGGACCGUCGGUUAUUCAUCUUUCGAAGGCCGUGGACUAUUUGCAACUCGUGAUAUCGAGGCAGGAGAAUUAAUAUUUGUAGACAAUGCUCUCUUAAUAUCACCACGAAAUUCCGAAAAGUAUUUGCCAUUAUGCGUAUCUUGUUACAAAAACGAAUGUCCUCUUUUCCCUUGCGAUCGCGGAUGCGGUCUUCCUAUAUGUUCUCAAAUAUGCGAGGAUUCAAAGAAACACAUGGAACAUGAGUGUGAAUAUUUGAGAAAAUUAGGGCCAACUUGCGGUUCGACUUGGUCUAUGGAUUUAUUACGUGCACUUUUGGCAGUAAGAGCGAUUUCGCUUGAUGAUGAGCAACGCGAUGUCUUGGCUAUAUUCCAAUGUCAUCAAAACUUGAAUAAUGAUUGUGAGGCCACAUUACUUCGGAGUAACGUAAAAAAUGCUCCAGAAGUCAAAGAAAUUGAUUUCAUGAUGAUGGUCAGUGGAAUUUUUAAUACAAAUUCAUUCGAAACGAUUGUCGUACAAGAUAAAGAUCAUUGUACGAGUUUGCGCGGCCUUUAUCCUAUGGGAGCGUUGCUAAAUCAUGCCUGCGUACCUAAUACAAGGCAUCAUUAUGAUUCGCAGCAACAGCUUUAUGUCAUAGCUGUCCGUUCCAUUUCCGCGGGGGAAGAAAUUACAAUGACUUAUAUCGAUCUCUUUUGGGAUACCACAUUAAGAAGACAGGUUUUAAGCGUUACUAAGAAUUUCUCUUGCAGAUGUAAUAGAUGCAAGGAUCCUACGGAAUGUGGAUCAUUUUUAAGUGCACUAUACUGUGCAGCUGAUUAUUGUUCUGGUAUUUUAUUACCUUGUGAUCCUCUUAACAACGAAUCCGUUUGGAUGUGUAACAGAUGCGAAACUAUUAUUAAAUCAAGACAAAUUCAUUCGAUACGUUCUGGUUUAUCGGCUAUAUUACAAGAAAAUAUAUCCAAACCUCCCCGGGAAAUGUUAAAAUUUUUACAGAAAGAACUUUCGAUCUUAGUUCCACCAUCCAAUUAUCUAAUGGCAGAUAUUAAGUAUAGUAUCAUUUCUUAUUUUGGUAAAACUGAACAUCUAUUAUGGGAAGAUUUAACAGAUGCCGAACUGGCAAUUAAAUCUUCCUUCUGCACAGACUUGUUAUCAAUUUUAAAUAUCUUGGGCUGUGGACAAUGUAGAAAAAGAGGCUUACUUCUCUAUGAAUUGUACUGUACCGCCAAGGAACAAUUACGACGCUUUCAAGGAAGAAACGAUUUUAAAGAAGAAAGAUUGAUACUUUUUAAAAAGAUGAACAUCGAAGAUAACGAAUCGCUCUUAAACGAAGUUAUUAAUAUUUUUCAAAACGACGUUGUGGCAACAACUUUCUUAAACGGUAACUCCUGAUAUUUAUAUAUGAAAGUAUGCAUUACUUCGAACAAUUCGAAUAAUCCACGAUUCUUUUACUAGAGAGCAAUUCUACUUUUAGUAGCAGACUAUGUUCUAACUGAAACAUAAGAAAGACACAUUAUUCUUAUAUCUUAUUAUAUUGUUAUUAAAUUAAAUAGGAAAAUAUAUUACUUCAAUUUUUUUG